CUUACUGUCAAUCACCUGGGUUUGUUGAUAAACGGUAAACCAAACAAUGUGAAAUAUAUCACUUAAACGAAAAUGUUGAGCAGAAAGGACGCAAACGUAAAAUUGGUUGUCGCCAUGGCGGCAUGCAUUGUUGCAUUAGAGGAGGAAAGUGCCCAAAAGAAAAGACCUCGGCGGAAAUAUUGGGUGAGCCCAUAUCUGCAGGAAAGAUCCAAUAAAGGCCGACAUUCUUCCGACUUUCAGAACUUGCUGAAAACUCCCUCGAUGUUUUUCGAAAACUUCCACAUGUCUGAAAAGAGUUUUAACACGCUUUUUGGAAUGGUGGAGGAGUAUCUUAUACCGAAGCGGAACACUCGCCCAGAUGCUAUACCAAUAAAAGCAAAGUUGGCCAUCGUUUUAGAAUUUCUUGCCUCUGGAGAUCAGCAACGCCAUGUUGGAGCUACUUAUCGGAUCAGCAAACAACAUUUUGGGAAGAUCAUCCUCCAGGUGUCCAUUGCAAUUUGGACUGCUUUGCAGAAAGAACUACCCAAGUGGACGACGGGCAAUAUGCUGAAGUGGGCUAGAGGCUUCGACGACGAAUGGAGCUUUCCAAACUGUAUUGGAGCCGUCGGCGGAAAGCAUGUGGCGAUAAAGGCCCCGCCAAAUAGCAAAAGUCUUUUUCACAAUUAUAAGGGCUUUCACUCCGUUGUGCUAAUGGCAAUUUGCGACGCUCACUAUCGCUUCACCUACAUCGUUGUGGGGGCUCUUGGUAGCGAGGGAGACAUUAAUGCCUUCACCCACAGUGAUCUUGGCGAACAGUUGCUAUUGGACGAGCUGCCCUUUCCGAAGGACAAAGUGAUAAACGGGCAUUGCACUCCAUAUUACAUUGUCGGUGAUGAUGCGUUUCCCCUUCAUAAGCGUCUCAUGAAGCCGUAUAGUGGCAAUGAUCUAGAUCGGAAGGAGCGGAUAUUUAACUAUAGGCUAAGUCGUGCUCGUCGUUCCAUUGAGAACGCAUUUGGUAUUCUCAGCGCGAGGUGGAAGGCUCUACAACAUACUUUGCUAAUCAAUCCAAGCAAAGUUCAAAAAAUAGUUGUAGCCUGUUGUGCUCUGCAUAAUUUUUUAAUACGGGAGAGUCGAGCAACUUACGUUAUGCAGGAUAUACCAAGCACUGUGCUGACCGACUUGCAACCAGGCCGACGAGGUCGCCCUCAGGACUUCAGCAAGGAAGUUCGGAACAACGUAAAAGAAUAUUUGAACGGCACUGCUGGAUACUCUCAAUUGCCUUGGCAAGACGAGUCUGCCGGUGUUUAAAGUAAUUAAAAAACAGAAGUAAUAUUGACAAGAUUAAAA